AUGCCCGCUUUCCCAUCUAUCAACACCCCCGCAGAUCACCCUGCCAACGUUGGCACGCUCCCCAACGCCGCCACCGUCGACGUUGUGGUAGCCACACAGGCCCCCGCUCCCAAGUCUGCUCCCAAGGAGUGGACUAGGAGAGACACAUUUAUCAUGUUGAACCAAUUCUUGUCCUUCCGACAGGGCAGAGGUCCUUACAUCAAGAACUACCAGACCUUCCAUUGCCAGACGGUCAUCAGUCUCAUCAAAGAGGCGGGCGGGCCCCAGCGUACCGUCAAGGCCGUACAGGGCCGGCUGGACACGCUACGCAAGCAGUUCGGGAUCCUGCGCCACCUUCGCGAACAGUCCGGGUUCGGGUGGAACCCGGAGCUUCAAGUCGUGACAACGGACGAGGCGGUAUGGGAGGAUAUGCCCAAGAAAUACCGCGUUUGGAAGAACGUGCCGUUCCCCUACUACGACGUGAGCUCCGAGCAACGACAGCUCGGUGAGGGUGGGGGAGAUCUGGCCUUUGAAGGAGAAUGGGAGUCGGAUCAUGAGGGGGAAGAGGAGGAAAUGCCCAAGAAAUACCGCGUUUGGAAGAACGUGCCGUUCCCCUACUACGACGUGAUGAUGGAGAUCGAGGAGGGCGGCGGCGGUGCGACCGGGGAAGGUGUGCUUGUCAUAUUGCUCGACCCGUUGGCUUCCCAAGGUGACGCCCAGACACCCAUGGGCAACGUCAUCGAGGGCGAGGGCCUGUCUCCCCCCUGGGAGUGGGCUGACGAGGAGGACUCCCAAGACAUGCAAGGGACCCCCGCCUCGGCGCCUACACCCUCACUCCGCCACAUUUCGGCAACCGACUCGACCGGGUCCCUCGCGUCCACCCCCAAGUCCUCCGACUUGAAGCCCUCGCCAACUACGAGCCGCAACAAGCGCAAGGCGGCCGCAAUCGACCAGGAACAGGACGCUGUGCAGGUCAUCAUCGACAUCAUUCAAAGGAGGGAGCCGAACGCGCAGGCAAGGGCACGUGUUAUGCAGGAAUCCUCUGAUGUUGUUUGGGAGUUUCUCCAGCAGAAGGCCGUCGAGGAUGUGAUCUCCCUCGACGACGUGCUACUCCUCUUGGGAGCCGCCCAGCGCAAUCCGGCCGAUGCGCGCUCCAUUGUCAGCCUCUCCCGCCACCCCGGGCCCAUAACCAACGAUGUCCUGCAGAUGUGCGUGAGGUCGGUGCGAGCGACUGGCACCGUCAACACCCCCCCCCUUAUCACGUCAGCAAUUAUCACCAGCCAGGGCUCCUGA